GGUUGUGUUGUGUAUGCGUGGGAGCGUGCGUAGUCACCUGGCUGGUUUGCACCACGUUUGCGGUUGUAGGAAUAAGGUUAAAUCAUGUCUUUGGAAGUUGAAUCGGCGGACGUGAUCCGUCUAAUAAUGCAGUACCUGAAGGAAAACAACUUGCACCGCACCCUGGCUACUCUCCAGGAAGAGACCACCGUGUCCCUCAACACGGUGGACAGCAUCGAGAGCUUUGUGGCCGACAUCAACAGCGGCCAUUGGGACACGGUUCUACAAGCCAUCCAGUCCCUCAAGCUCCCAGACAAGACCCUCAUCGACCUUUAUGAGCAGGUGGUUCUGGAGCUGAUCGAGCUGCGAGAGCUGGGCGCGGCCCGGUCCCUCCUGAGGCAGACGGAUCCCAUGAUCAUGCUCAAGCAGACCCAGCCCGAGAGGUACAUCCACCUGGAGAACCUGCUGGCCCGCUCCUACUUUGACCCGCGGGAGGCCUAUCCGGACGGCAGCAGUAAGGAGAAGAGGAGGGCGGCCAUCGCCCAGGCCCUGGCAGGGGAGGUCAGCGUGGUCCCGCCCUCUCGUCUCAUGGCCCUUCUGGGACAGUCUUUGAAGUGGCAGCAGCACCAGGGCCUCCUCCCACCGGGCAUGACCAUCGAUUUGUUCAGGGGCAAAGCCGCCGUGAAGGAUGUGGAGGAGGAGCGCUUCCCCACCCAGCUUACCCGGCACAUCAAGUUUGGCCAGAAGUCCCACGUUGAGUGUGCACGCUUCUCUCCAGACGGGCAGUACUUGGUCACUGGCUCCGUGGAUGGCUUCAUUGAAGUGUGGAAUUUCACCACUGGAAAAAUCAGAAAGGAUCUGAAGUACCAGGCUCAGGACAACUUCAUGAUGAUGGACGACGCGGUGCUGUGUAUGUGCUUCAGUCGGGACACCGAGAUGUUGGCCACGGGAGCGCAGGAUGGCAAAAUAAAGGUGUGGAAGAUCCAGAGCGGCCAGUGUCUGAGGAGGUUCGAGCGCGCUCACAGUAAAGGCGUCACCUGCCUCAGCUUCUGCAAGGACAGCAGCCAGCUGCUCAGCGCCUCCUUUGACCAGACCAUCAGAGUCCAUGGGCUGAAAUCGGGAAAAUCGCUGAAGGAGUUUCGGGGCCACUCCUCGUUCGUAAACGAAGCCACCUUCACGCCAGAUGGACACUACAUCAUCAGUGCAUCUUCUGAUGGCACCGUCAAGAUCUGGAACAUGAAGACCACAGAGUGCUGCAACACGUUCAAGUCUCUUGGCACCUCGGCUGGCACGGACAUCACGGUCAACAACGUGAUCCUGCUGCCCAAGAACCCCGAACAUUUUGUGGUGUGCAACCGGUCCAACACUGUGGUCAUCAUGAACAUGCAAGGCCAGAUCGUCAGGAGCUUCAGCUCUGGUAAAAGAGAGGGGGGAGACUUUGUGUGCUGCACUCUGUCCCCGCGUGGAGAGUGGAUCUACUGCGUGGGGGAGGACUUUGUGCUCUACUGCUUCAGUACUGUCACUGGCAAGCUGGAGAGAACCCUGACGGUCCACGACAAAGAUGUGAUCGGCAUCGCCCACCACCCUCACCAGAACUUGAUCGGCACCUACAGUGAGGAUGGCCUGCUGAAGCUGUGGAAGCCAUAGACCCAUAACUCUUCUGAAAAGACUCCCAUAAUGUGCUUUUCUUUAGUGAAAAACAUCAGGACUUUUUUAUGCUUUUUUAUUUUUUAAAGACAAUUUUGGAUGGGACCCUGGACCUUAGAAAACAAUGUGUUUUUAACA